UUGAUUUGACGUUUGUGGUUUAUGAUUAUGUAAACAAAACAAACAAUUAUUCUUGUCUCGAUGUUUUUAAAAUAUCUGAAUAAAAGUAAAGAUAUAUAACACUACAAAUAUGCCUACAUAUUUACUUAAAUUCACAUUUCUGUUAAUUUUAUUUCACAAGUGUUUAUGUUAUGAAACAAAAGUUUUCGGACCAGGAUUACAACCUGUAAAUAUUGUAAUGCCGGCUAGAUAUUUCUUCGUAAAUUUUACAGAAAUAGACGAAAACUCGUAUUCCCCUGAUCUAGCAAAAAAUUUUGCAGUAGAGAUUACUGGAAAAUCAUUCAAAAAAGAUGCCUGCCGACUAUGGUCAAAUACAUUGAAUCGAAAAGAUGGGACUUUCAUUGUUCGUUAUAAAUUAUAUGAGACAUGUAGUGAAUUGUCCAUAAACAUUUAUUAUAAAAACAAGCACAUAGAGAAUUCUCCCUUUAAAUUCAAAGGGCUCAUCCAGCCAGACCAAUGUGAUUGUCCACAAGAUUUACAGUCUUGGUUAAAGCAAUACCAAUGUCCAUUGAGCUAUACACAAAUUGUAAAUGAUCUCAAGCCAUUUCAACAUGUCGAUAUGAAAGAUCAAGUAGCUAAAAUUAUUGACAAGUAUCACAAUCCUCAGAGCACAAGUUUUUGCCACUAUGUUAUUAAAGAUAACCAGAUAUAUAGAGAUUGUUAUGGCAAACAUAUAGGGUUCAAUAUGUUUGCUGAUAAUGUUUUGUUAUCUUUGACCAGGAAGGUUGUUAUGCCAGAUAUGGAGUUGGUGAUAAAUCUGGGCGACUGGCCCCUGUUGUCCAAGGGGACUGAACCGUUGCCUAUAUUUUCUUGGUGUGGCAGUACUGAAACAAUUGAUAUUGUCAUGCCUACAUAUGAUAUAACUGAAUCUACAUUGGAAAACAUGGGAAGAGUGACUUUAGAUACAUUAUCAGUACAAGGUAACAUCGAUCGCAAGUGGGAGACGAAAGAGCCUCGUGCGUUUUGGCGCGGGCGCGACUCCCGCGCGGAGAGACUCAAGCUUAUAGACAUAGCUCGUGCUCAUCCUGAGCUCAUUAACGCUUCUCUGACUAACUUUUUCUUUUUCCGCGAAAAAGAGGCUCAGUACGGACCAAAGUUACCACACGUAUCCUUUUUUAAAUUCUUUGAUUAUAAAUAUCAAAUAAACAUAGAUGGAACAGUUGCAGCGUAUAGACUGCCAUAUCUCUUGGCUGGUGGAGGAUUGGUCUUAAAACAGGAAUCUCCAUACUAUGAACACUUCUACGGACAGUUGAAGCCAUACGUACACUAUGUACCAGUCAAAAGAGAUCUUUCAGACUUGGUUGAUCAAUUGAAUUGGGUGAUAAAAUAUGAUGAGAAGGCACAUGAUAUUGCGAAAAAUGCAAGAAUAUUCGCCAAUGAGAAUCUAUUGCCACAGCAUAUUAUCUGUUACCAUGCUGUGUUGUUUAAUGAAUGGAGUAAAAGAAUUAGUGGUGAAAUAACCGUUAAAGAAGGCAUGACGCACGUGCCACAAACUAAAUUCGCGUGCCACUGUGCCAACAAAGAAAACACUAGUCAUGAGGAGUUGUAACUAAAAAAAUGUAUGAAACCACAAUCGUCAUUAUCAUCAUCAACCCAUAUUCGGCUCACUGCUGAGCUCGAGUCUCCUCUCUGAGAGGAGUUAGGCCAGUAGUCCGCCACGCUGACUGUGGAUUGGCAGAAACCUUGCACAUAAAAGAUGCCUGACUCAAUACUGAGAGGUCAUUGGUAUGAUGGAUCAAUGUUGUACCACUCCUAACAGUAUUUUCUACUAAUUGGA